UUGCUACUUUUUCUUAGCAACUGUCAACAACAAAAUUUGAAUACCCUCGUUUACAACUGUGGAAUGAUUAAAGCAAAAAUAUUUUCCAAAGGCUGAGACCGCAUCGCAAACUUUUGCAAAUCGAGUUUUAAUUUAUUUAAAAGAACUGCACACAAUGGAUAAUUACUUAUUUGAUGGAGGUCGCAUCCAAAAGAUGGAGGUCGACUAUGCUCCAGCUUGUGAUGAGAAAAUUCCCAUUGCCAAGGAGUUGGCCAAAAAGAACCCCGACUCGUUUCAUGAGGCCAUUGAAAUGUUAUUGUCUCUGGAGAAACAAACCCGUUUGGGUGCCGAUAUGGUAUCCUGCUCCAGGGUGUUGGUAGCUAUUUGCCAAAUAUGCUUUGAGGCCGGCAAUUGGAAUGCCCUCAAUGAAUAUGUUUCCCUUUUGGUGCGUCGUCGUUCCCAGUUGAAACAAGCCGUUUCCAAAAUGAUACAAGAAUGUUGCACCUAUGUGGAUAAAACCCCAGACAAAGAGACAAAACUGAAAUUGAUUGAUACCCUGAGGUCAGUGACCGAAGGUAAAAUCUAUGUAGAAAUUGAAAGAGCCAGAUUGACCAAGAUUCUGGCCGAUAUUAAGGAGGCUGAUGGUGAUAUUGCUGGUGCGGCAUCUGUCAUGGAGGAGUUGCAAGUCGAAACAUAUGGAUCAAUGGACAAAAGGGAGAAGGUGGAACUGAUUUUGGAACAAAUGCGUUUGUGUCUGCUGAAAGAAGAUUUUGUUUCAACACAGAUUAUUGCCAAGAAAAUCAGUAUCAAAUUUUUCGAUGAUCCUGCCCAACAUGAUCUCAAAUUGAAAUUUUACAAUUUAAUGAUUAGCCUGGAUCGUGAUACAUCAUAUUUGAAAACUUCAAGACAUUACCAGGCCAUUGCUGAGCCACCCAAGCCAGUUGUGCCCAAACCCGAGCCAAUGGAUGAAGAUAAAAAGAAACCCGAAGAUGACAAAAAGAAAAAGGACAAAGAGGAGGAGGUAAAGAAACCAGAACCAUUGCCACCCGUAGAACUUACUCCCGAGCAGGAAAAAGAACUCAAAGAGAAACUAAUCUGCGCUGUCUUAUACUGUAUAUUGGCUCCCUAUGACAACGAGCAAAGUGAUAUGAUGGCUCAUUUGUCGAAGAAUAAGAAACUGGAGGAAAUUCCAGUCUACAAAGAAAUUUUGCGUCUAUUCAUGUCGAAGGAACUGAUUAAUUUCGAUUCAUUUAACAAUGAUUUUGGCACGGUCUUGGCUGAAAAUGAAAUGUUCCAGGAGAACACCAAGCAUGGCAAAAAGUGCAUUGCCGAACUCAAGGAUCGUUUGAUUGAACAUAACAUACGCAUAAUUGCCAUGUAUUAUUCCCGCUUGCAUUUAACCCGUAUGAGUGAACUACUGAAUUUACCCACAAAUCGUUGUGAGGAAUAUCUCUCCAAAUUGGCCAACAGCGAUACCAUACGUGUUAAAAUUGAUCGUCCUGCCGAAAUUAUAUACUUCACCGUCAAGAAGAGUCCAUCGGAUGUUUUGAAUGCCUGGUCAAAGGAUGUAAGUCAGUUAAUGUCAUUGGUUAACAAAACAUGUCAUUUGAUAAACAAGGAAGAGUGUGUGCAUUCCGUAAAGGGAAUUACUGUGGAGGAUUAGAGAUUCAUGACGGCAUUAUAAUUUGCACAGGCCUUUUAUAAGCUAUCUCUCUCUUCUAGUACCAUUAAGCUCUGUUUAGUUCUAACAAGUAACCACCAUACAACAAAACAUUUCAAAGUUUCAAAAAUUUAAUUAAAAACGUCAUAAUAUUUUCUAAUAUUGUUUUUUGCUAUUUAAAUUGUAUUCAUUGAAUGAUAUACAACAACAAAUAUAAAUUCUCUUUUACAUUACAAGCGAUUUGCUUUGUCCCAAAAA